AUGGUGGCCGCUUUACUUGACGGUGUGUUGGCUAAUCCUGGCAGCCUCAGGUUACCCAAUAGCAUUGCUGAAGUAGAUGCCAAGGAGCAGAUAGGAGCUGUCAAAGGUGAAGUCCCACUACCUCUGCUCGUCUCAGCAAUUGAACACAAGGGUGCCCAUGUUAAUAUUAUUCGCGACUUCGCUCGUGCGUUAGAAAUCGAAAGGGUAAGAUCCGGGAACGUUGCCAACAACGGACCCUGGAUACAAGAAUCUCCAUUAGUAACAGCCGUUCAGGUAGGUCGAGUUAAUGUCCUUGAGUUACUACUUAAGAAUUUUCCGGAUCUUCUCUCUUGGAUGAGAUUCAUAGACGAAGAUACCAACUCGGAAUCUUCAGGCGGGCCACCUUUGCACCGACACUGCUUGACUGCGAUGAAUCGUGCUAUAGAAUUGUUUGCUGUGGAAAAAGAACCUACACUUCGCCAAAGCUUCGAGGAUUGCGCCUUAGCUCUUAUUGUUUUUGGGACUUAUUUAGGUCCCCUCAGACCAGAAGCCCAAGUUGCCCAAGCUGGUAAUUCCACGUUGCCACCCCGUUUCGUCCUUACCCGUAGCUUCUUGUCAGCGAUAAAUUCUGGAAUGGAUCGAUAUACCACCGCCGUAGUACAUCGAACGUUAAAUCUACCACCAGGAAACAGGCACCGACAAGUUCUUAUCCAUGAUGGACUUGCCGAAAUAUUACUUAAAGCGGCCCAGUCGGGAAAACAUCCAAUUCUCAUCCAAUAUCUCGUUAACCUAUCAUUUUCGACUGAUGGCGACAUCCUUCCGCUCCCCGCGAAUAGCUUGGAUGCCUACAACGCAAACCCCAUUGCAUUGGCGCUUACUUCUGAAGCUCGCCCACGAGACGCUAUCCAAAUUUUACAAAUGCUUAAAAGCCCAACAAUUCACCUCGCGGCUCGACACGGAGCGAGGCCGUGGGGAUAUAUAGUUCGGCUGGUAACACAUGGUAGCAUAGUAAGUGCGGCGGCGACAGGAGAGUGCUUGGAUUACUUCGUGGAGCACAUGAAUUACAUCCAAACAUUUCUUUUAGAUAACCGCUCGCUAGAUUCCAAUCUCAAUGAACAAGUGCUGGAGCACUGUGAUGAUGUUGUGCAGCUUGCACUUCUAACUGGUAAAAGUUCUUUAUUUAAUUUUUACUGGGCUGCUACAAACAUGACGGGUUUUGAUACUCCAGAAUGGUUACGCCAGGCAAUUCUCUGUGGCAAUAGCGGAGCUGUCCAAAUUAUUGUUUCUCGAUGGAUUCAAGAAGGACAAUCUUUAGAAACACUAUUACCUCCAGUUCAGCCGAUAUCAGGUUUUCCCGGGGCUGACACUCCUCAGACAGCUUUAAAUGACGCCGUUCGGGUCGGACACCUUUCAGCAAUAAUUAUACUACUGAACGCGGGCGCUGAUGCAAGUUCCGUUAGCUCAGAUCAAUGGGCGAAUCUUGCAAAGGAGGUAGAUGAUAGGUACCACACUCUGAGUCGUAUUGAUUUCAUAAAACUAUACUUUAGUUAUGGAUUUUUUGAGUGGCGAACGGAGGUGGUAAGCGAGGAGGAGAUGGAGAACAACCAGCUAGUCGAAUAUUGUGUGCAACUGGUCUUUCAGGCUGCACAGAAGUAUUCUACCAAGAAGUAGUUACUAGUUCGGUCGCCAGGCUUAUUUCAGACGUACUUUGGUUUUGUUUAGUUUUAGUGAGAGGUGUCUUUUUAUGUGUUGACUUAAGUCUUUGCUAAAGACUAAUUUUAGCUGUAAGGUAAGAUAUAAAUAGGAGGUACCUAAGAAUUCGCUUUAAUCGGCGAAACAAAAGAUUGACUUAAUGACAUGUAAUCAAUCAGUGCACCAGGGUUCCAAUAUACUGAAAGCCAGUUAUGUGAACUUAACUGUACUUAAAGAAACAUAGUUUCUCCCUGCCAACAUUCCAAAGGCAAGCCUGGAAUGGAGGAUGCGAUGAAAGUCUCAAUUGGAAGUUUCAGGUAAUUAGGUCAUUUUAACCAAGAUUCAAUCCAAGAAUUUGUUAGAUAAAUUGAUCUAUUGAACUAACUAAUAAAAUGAAACAUUAUUAUUUUUUUUUUACAAACACUCAAGAUGAAUCUGAAUGUCUGAAUGACACGUGACGAGCAGUCACGUGUUGAGAUGUACUAAGGUACAUCUCACAGAAU